CCAUCCAUUUUCAAUCCCCAACUGAUAAUCUAUUCCACCAUUCUUCAUUAUAUCCUUCCAUUAAUGUCCUUACUAAUCACAUGAACUACUUUAACUUUGAGCCUUUGAGCUCAUGCCUUCUGUCCCAGCAAAAAUCAAACAAGAGGACCCUCUGUCAGAAUGAAAAUCUCAACUUCCAAUCUCCUAAAAAAGAAGUGAUUUCUGUCAGAGCUAACUGUUUGUACUAGGAUUUCAACUACAUUAAGAUCCCCACCACAUGCAACUGUAAACCACACAAAUACCAAAACCCUAAUUUUUUCACCCUCGCCUUCUCAAUCCUAACUAUGAGGACCAGUACUACUACCACCUCAAGUGGUAUCACCCUAAGCACUAAGUCAUGUAGAAUCAAGUUUGCUCGUAGAUUUCUCCGAUCCCUUGCGGAAAUCAAAAAGCAGAAGCGAUCCAGUGCAUCAUCAAGCGAGGAGGAAAUCUGUAAGCGGAGCAAGAGGAUAAAGAUGGCAGCUUAUUCCUCCAUGGCUCGUGCGGUUGGGCCACGGAUGAAUUGGAGCAGAGCUCUUCUUUUCAAGCUGCGGAACCGGGUGAGUUACCCUAGGUUGGUGAAGAAAAAGAAAAGGGUUACUGUGAGAAGUAACAAGGUCCCCAGAUCAAAGAGUUCAGUUCAUAUUGACAGAGGCAACAAGCUUCGAAAGCUAGUUCCUGGCGGUAAAUCCAUGGAUUACAUCUGCUUAUUGGAAGAAACUGCUCAUUACAUAACAUGCCUUAACACACAGGUGAAGGUCAUGCAGGCCAUAGCUGAUAAUCUCUCUAAAUGAGCAUGCAUAGUAGAAAGAAGUGUUCUGGAAGCAAAAAGAGGAAACAAAGAAGAAAGCGAUAUAUCCAGAUCGAUGAUAUACAGGUGUGGUAAUUGAGUAUAUUAACCUUGUAAAUUACUUUGCUUUAAUUACUGCAUACAAAUACUCGGACAUAUAUUUCUUCCUUAAGGCAGGUUAAAGCCUUAAAGGAUGCUGAUGGUUAACCUGCCUUAAAGGAUGCUGAUGGUUGUAACUAAUUAAGCCAAAGACCUAUGUAUGUAGAUGAGUUUUUCUGUGUAUAAA